GCAGAGCAGCCUGGAGCAGCAGCGGCCGCCGCGGCAGUCUCCACCCCGGAUACCAUACUCCUUCCCCCCGGCUCAUAUAAAGGUAGCAAGACUAACAAGCCGUCUUCGGGCUGCUCUUUUUUCUCGUUGAUGGUUAGACUCUGCGAGAGAAGGAUGAAGUUCCUUGUAGCUGUUACAAUUAUUGUGGGGUCACUGAUUUUCCUUGCUUUUCCAAAUGGCUCAUCUGCGGACGAGAAGAAGAAAGGCCCCAAAGUAACAGCAAAGGUGUUUUUUGACAUGCAAGUUGGAGAUGAAAAAGUUGGAAGAAUUGUCAUCGGAGUUUUUGGGAAAACUGUUCCCAAAACAGCCGACAAUUUUAUCUCUUUGGCGACCGGAGUGAAAGGAUUCGGUUACAAAGGCAGCAAAUUCCACAGAGUCAUCAAGGAAUUUAUGAUCCAGGGUGGAGACUUCACUAAGGGAGACGGCACUGGAGGCAAGAGCAUCUAUGGAGACCGUUUCCCCGAUGAGAACUUCAAGCUGAAGCAUUACGGCGCUGGCUGGCUCAGCAUGGCCAACGCCGGCAAAGAUACAAACGGCUCUCAGUUCUUCAUCACGACCAUUCAGACGCCGUGGUUGGACGGCAAACACGUCGUCUUUGGAAAAAUUCUGGAGGGGAUGGAUGUGGUGAAGAGGAUCGAGGCCACAAAGACAGACGGUCGUGAUAAGCCUCUUCAGGAUGUCAUGAUCCACGAUUGUGGCACAAUCGAGGUGGAGAAGCCAUUCGCAGUGGCCAAGGAGUAGAGCGCUGCUGUGGGAGGCCAGGGAGAACAGGGAGAACAGGAGAACAGGACUGAGGGGAUUUUUUGGGGGAAUCAUGCGGGCCACCUUGUUUUAUCACUAGCCGCCCUGUGGUCCUGGAGAAAGGGCUUUUCGGGUCAUUCGGUUUCCGUGGCUGCGGUCUUAAAGCACCAGAAGAGCAGCGAGCAAUCAUGACGCCACAUUGGGUCCUUUUACCAACGAGCAUUCCAAGGUGCAAUUUAACUGUUCGUUGUUGUUUUUGUAAAAAAAAUGAAAUCUGAAAUAAAGGUUUCAAUUUUUGUUAAA